AUGGUAGAGGACAGGAAGGCCUGGAGGAACGUUGUCCAUGGGGUCGCGAUGGGUCGGACACGACUUCGCAACUAACAACAACAACAUGGAUGUGUGCUACACGCUUGGUGUUUCAGCAUGUCCAAUGGCUCAUUGCAGACCUGUUGUGCCUCGCCCGCCCCCCUCUCCGCAGCCGGGCCCCUCCCAUCUCCUGCUAUCUCAGCCAGAGACUGAUAAUGAAGACGAAUGGCCUGACAUGCCUCCAGCCCCCAGUCCUGGCAUCAUGCCCGGACAGACUGAGCAAGACGAAUGGCCUGGCAUGCCUCCAGCCCCCAGUCCUGGCACCAUGCCCGGACAGACUGAGCAAAUAAACCUUCCCCCAACAGCGUGUGAGCAUGAUGAGCAUGAAGCCAGUCACGAGCUAGAAUUGCCGGCAGUUGGAGGGUGGACAGAUCCACGCUUCCGGAGAAUGGAGAGACGACGUCAGUGAAAGGAAGGGAGGGGCAGGCCUGGAUAAGUGCUGAGUCAUGAAGCCACACCCCAUGGCCUAUAUAAAGGAUCUGCUUUCUGGCAUUCUUUGAGUCAGGCAAAGUCUAAUCUGGUUGCUGAAGUCACACCUUGGAUUCCUGCCUGCCCUGAGAACUCUGACAGGACUUUGGCAAAGCUGCAGAGGCUUCGUGGCCACGCUUGAUACAGACUUUCCAGACCCGGCCGUCAGAGGAGGAGUGGGACACGACAAGACCAGAAUGUAGGAAAACUUUUUAUCCUAGAGUUGCAUGGAUUGAUUAAAUAGCUUUUAUCAUUUCUAAUCUAAAAUGGUAAUUUACAGGACAGGGGUGUCAAACUCAAGGCCCGUGGGCUGAAUCCGGCCCGUGUGUGGGGGGCGUUGCUUAGAUCUGGUCCGCGGUGCCACCCUGGAAACAGCAAAGGACCAGCCUGCAGUGCCUCUGCCAGCGAAAAUGGAGCUUGGGGGUGGGGCACACAUCCCCCCCCAACUCCAUUUUCACUGGCAGAGGCUUGCAGGAGGUUGCCACAGCCGAAAACAGGCUGUUGUCCCCUCCCAAGCUCUGUUUUCGCUCGCAGAGGGCUAGCAAAACAAACGAAACAAAAGGAGAAAUGUUUCCCCUUUGGCACUAGAGUA